CUUCGCACAAGUAAAAAUAAACAAAAAAUUGUUAAACAAAUACCAUUUUUCAUUACAACUCGUGCUUUUAUUUUCUAAUUAUUCUUCACUCUUAUUUUUCGCGUUCGCGCUCGCAUUUGGAAAUUAAACCACUCACGCAUUCACCGAUUUAUAUACAUAAAUUUCGCCAGCCAUGGUUGUGCUUCGAAAACAGCGCGGCACAUUCUGGGGCUCUAUUCGUGAAGCGCCGCGCGACUGGCUGAUGCACUUGGCAGAGGACUACGAGCUGAUGGACUGGAACAAAAUUUCUGAGGCCACGAGCUGGCCAAUUGCACUAGCGCUCAACGGCAUCUUUGUUCUUGUCAGCACGGCACGGCGCCUAAGCUCCCAGAGUGGCGACAUGGAUGACAUUAUUUCGACCGACCGCAACUACCGGCGGCAAAAGGUGCCUGCCAAUGUGGGCACUGGGAGCACCUGGGCGGGGUUCUUGGUAUUUGUCCAACUGUUUUUUUUUACGCUGAGUAUGGCCAAUGCGUGGCAGUUCUUUUACACGCGGCGCACGUAUCAGAUGCGAAUGAAGGAGGAAGACACCAGCCUGUUGACUUCAAACUGCCGCAGGGUGGCGGUUGGCACACGGCGACCGCAGUGGGCAAAGACAAUGUGGGGCUGGGGACCCUGGAUGCUGUGGAAGUGGAUAGCUCGCGUCGAUGACCGUGUCCAGGGCGAAAUCUGGGAGCUCUCAAUGUGGACGCCGUCUAUUUUUUCGCGAAACCUAUUCUGCUGGUAUUCGCCCGUGCAGCUCUUAAUUCUGGCGUUCAUGAAUGGGUCCAAUUGGUUCUACAUCUUGCCCCUGGCCGCGGCGGUUGCUGGCCAGUGCACGUUUUUGGUCGUUUCGUACACGACAAUGGUUAAGGACAAGCAGAUUCUGUUCAGCGAGGUGUACAAUGAGUACAAUCAAAAAUUUGUUCAUCCGCGGGUGUUUGCACCCAGGAGGGAUGUUUCGACCAGCACCAUGGAAGAUUGGGCGAUGGCCAGGAGGUAUGGCGAGUAUCUCACUGGGAUGCCAAUGGGGCGUUCUCAAAGGGUCUCCGGCAACCGGAGGAGCGCAAUGUCAGCAUCAGCAGACGAGUACGACUCGUUUGGAUACAAUCCCGACGUCACUCCAUACGAAAGGCCGCCUCACCGGCGGUCUAUCAAGUCAGCGCGGUCGACGCGGUCGACCAGAGACAGCGGGACUUCGACCAUCCCCGAGCCUUAUACUGGCCAGGGUGUUUCUUCUGUCUCCAGAAGACAUCGCGGAACCGCGGGAAGUUCAAAUGAGUCGAUUGGAUACCCUCAUUCUGAUGACUCAUACAGCAUACAGCGGCAUCAGCAUCAGCAAGAGCAGCAGCAAUUAAACCGGAACAUUACUCCUGGAGGCACGUUCAGAAUCAGAGACCGCACAGAGAGACGAAGGCAGCAACUAAAACAGGCACAGAGCUCGAAGACCUUAUAUCAUUGAGGCUAUUUUUUACUUGUAAUUUCCAAAAAAUAACAUUGGAAAUAGAAACGUAUUGUGCUGUGCUAUAGUUUU